UCCUCUCUUUGUCUUUUUUGCCUCAGUUUGCAUUUCUUCAUUUCCCUGUUUGAUUUUGGGCGAGAAUGGCUGACAACAGAGAACCAAAGACUGUAAUAAUAGGAUGCGGGAUAUCAGGAAUAUCUGCGGCACACAGGCUCUUUCAAGCUGGAUUUCACAACGUGCGGAUCCUGGAGGCAACUGCGAGGAGCGGAGGAAGAAUAAAAACUGCCAAACUGGGUAAUACCAUUACAGAGAUAGGUGCGUCUUAUAUCCACGGCCCAUCUGAGGAGAACCCAGUGUUUUGUUUGUCCCGGGACUAUGACCUCCUGGAUCCAGAGGCCCUCACUGAAGAGAACCAGGCCAAUGCUGUUGAUGAAAGACCUCCCUUUGUACCCAACUGGUUCAGCAGUUCAGGUCAGAGGCUGAUCGCUGAACACAUGAUUCCUGCUGUAGAGAUGCAUGUUGAUCUGAUGGAAGAUCUUGAAUGGAUUAAGAACGGAGAAGAAACACCGUGGGCCAGCGUUGGGGAUUUCAUACGAUCUGAGUUGCCACAACGAGCAGAAGAGAGAUGGAAAGAUAAGGAUGAAACCACCAGGGAGCUGCUGAUGUGUGCCAUCAGUACCCUGACGAAGAUGGAGUGCUGUGACAAUGCCGCUCACAGCAUGGAUGACUUGGACCUGGUGGGGUUUACUAUGUACAAGAAUCUAGCUGGACUGGACUGCACCAUUCCAAGCGGCAUGGAAUCCCUGAUCGAGAGCUUGAUGUCAGAGCUCCCUUGGGAUUUAGUGUCCUACAAUCAUCCUGUGCGGUGCGUCCACUGGAACAACGCGGGGGGCGGAGAACACGUGGUGACGGUUGAGUGUGAGGACGGCGAGAUGAUCGCUGCUGAUCAUGUUAUUGUCACAAUACCUCUAGGAUACCUUAAGAAGCACCACUCAACCCUGUUCUGUCCACCUCUACCAGUGCACAAGCUUCACUCCCUCCAGAAACUAGGAUUUGGAACAUGCGACAAAAUAUUUAUGGAGUUCGAUUCACCGUGGUGGGAUCCUGACUGUGAGAUCAUCUAUCUGCUGUGGACAGGCAAGGACGACCCCUCAGAGCAGGUGUCCGAUAUGAGAAAGUCCUGGAUGCGCAAGAUUGUUGGCUUCACUGUGCACCAACCUUCUGAAAGGAACAGCCAUGUUCUCUGUGGCUGGAUUGCUGGGCAUGAAGCAGAGUAUAUGGAGACGCUCAGUGAGGAGGAAGUCAGAUGCGGGGUCACGGAGCUCGUCCGUUUAUUCACACGAAACCCCACCAUCACUCCAAGGAGAAUCGUGCGCACACAGUGGUUUCACGACCCCUGGACAUGUGGAUCAUACAGUCACCCAGCAGUAGGAUGUACAGCACAGGACUUGGAGGACAUGAUGGAGCCGCUGCCUACGAAGGGACCACAGCCCCUGCAGGUGUUGUUCGCUGGAGAGGCUACUCAUCCCUGCUACUACUCCACCGUCCACGGAGCUCUUCUCACUGGGUGGAGAGAAGCUGAUCGGCUCAUCUCUCACUACUCCUCCGUUUAAACCACCAGAUUAAACACAUCCAUAUUGUUAUCCCUUCGUGACAUGUGGAAUGUUAUGUUUUUGGGUCGUCUUUUCCUGUUGCAUUGUGGUAGGCACCAGAUUAUGAUGAAGAAGAAAAAGUAAUAAAAUAAUAUGUAUUUAGUUCUCGUGCAUUAAUCCUAAUGUCUUGUUUUUUGUUUGUUUAAACCGUCCACCAACAAGUUUGACAUUGUUAUAAAAGCCAUAGAUUGACCCAAAUGACUAACCUUUUAAAACAAUAAUCAUCUAAAUAAUCUAUAGUAAUAAUGCAGUAACCUGACAUUGUUAAAUUAUUUUUUCAGUGGUGGAAGAAUCAUAAUG